AUGGAAAGCCGUGGUAAUGAAUUAGCGGUGACAGUUCCCGCGUUAUCCACAUUACCCGUACUACCCGCGAUAGUGAAGGAGGAACCUGCUGAGCAGCACAAUUCGAAGCAAGACUCGCAGCAAGCUCAACUGCAAGAUAUUUGUCUCGAGGAAGAAUGCAGCGACCAACGUAUUGAGUGCACUACUGAAAGUCAGGAGAGCGAGAUCCGUGCAUUUCUGUCAAAAUGCGUCUUCUGCAACAAAAUAUUCACUCUGGGAGACGAGCCGAAACUUCUCGAGUGUUUGCAUGCAGCCUGUACAACGUGUGUUAAUAACAAGCUCAGUGACCAUAACACAUCGGUCGACGUGGAUGUACUGUUGGAGAGUAACGUGAUUAUGUGUCAAAUUUGCAAUGUUGCUAGCCAAGUGGAAAAUCUAAUUGAAAAUAGGUUUCUUUCAAAACUGCUAGAGGAAGAUACCAACUCAGGAGUGGAAGAUGAAUCUAAAGAUACUGAGGAGGAAAAGAAAUGCACUAGCUGUCAUGAUAAUGUUAUAGCUACCAGUUGGUGUGUCGAAUGCGAAGAAUUUAUCUGCCUGAAUUGUGUUAUGGCACAUCAGAGGUUAAAAAUAACCAAGGACCAUACGAUUAAACCUAAGGACGAAGUAGCAAAUGACAAAGACAAUGUUAAAAAGGGUAACAAGAGGAUACCUGGCUGUUUGUUUUGUACAAUCCACACACAUGAGCAGCUGUCUUUAUUUUGCCAGACAUGUGACAGAUUAACAUGUAGAGAUUGCCAACUCAGUGAGCAUCGUGACCACAAGUACAAAUUUAUUCACGAGAUUGCUGCUGAAACUCGUUCUUCUGUGUCCACUUUACUCAAGGAAGUUAGCUAUAAGCGAGUAUUGUUGAGGAGCGCAAUGAAAGUUAUAGAAGAUAGACAAAUUUUAAUAUUAGAGAAAAAAAAGAAUCUUGUUCAGGACAUAACUCAAAUGGUAGUACAGCUAACCAACGCAAUCAACACAAGAGGAAAGCAAUUGGUGAUGCGAUUGAACGAAGUGUGUGACCAAAAACAGAAUACAUUAAAUGAGAAAAAGGUCGCUCUGGAUCAGUUGUCCAAGCUUACGGAUCAUUGUAUACUUUUCGGCACUUACGUCCUGAAUAAAGGCUCCGAUAUGGAGUUACUAUAUAGUAAAAAGUCCGUUACAAGCCACUUGCAGAGGAUAAAGAGCCGACGGGCCGACAUCCCAAAUCCGGAAAUACCAGUUCGAAUACAUCUGUCUCUGGAGAAAGUACCAGACUUAAUAAAAGUUGUGUCGUCGAUCGGAGCGAUAGUAGUCGACGGCAGAGUAUACCCGUCUAUAUCUCCCACAAUCUGUAGUAACACCGCGGUGGCUUACAACGAGUCGCAUCCAGAGCAAAAGCAAACGACCAAUUCGACAAAUGUUCAUGCGGACGGUACUCCUCCUGUACUACAGCAAGGAUUACCGUUACCCGUGAUGGUGACACAGCAGUCAAGCAACGCGCAACCAAACUCUUACCAACAAGUGCCUCUGCAUCUACCGCCGCAACAACAGCAGCAACAACAGCAACAACAACAACAACAACAACAACAACAACAUGCUCAACAAUCGCAGAAUUACAUGCAGCAAUAUUCCGUACCGCACAACAUGCCACCCCGGUCAUCGCCGCAAACACAUCAGCCACGAGUGCCGUACACUAUCAACUACAGCAACAGGCUACAACCGCCACAACAAAAUCAACUAGUGAUGCAUCAGCAACGACCAUUGGCUAACUGUCAUCAGCAACAAGUUACAUCAUCCACGCACCCCCAUCAGCAAGUUCAAAACAUGGAUCAGCACGGACAGAACGCUAGUCUACGCGGACUUCUCGCGCAUAAUCCAGCUCCACCACCACUGCCACCGCCGCCUCCGUCGGCUUCAGCUCAUCCGUCAUUCCGAGCUUCCAGUAAUCAUGUACAAUAUCGACUUGCACAUGGAUAUCGAUAUUCUUCAAGUGGGAAUCCUCAGAGAGGAGCCGUGGAACGAACGGUAGUGCAACCGCCAGUACCAGCGCCUCACUCGUACCAGCCGGCAAACACGGCUAUUGUGCCUGGAGCUACACGUUUGCAACAGUGUAACUUGCCCUCUCCGUCACCAGCGCAGCACCACGCCAAUUAUACCGUGCAGCACUCCACUGCACGUUGGCACAUACCUCAACAAAUGAAUCCCUGCGUGCCUUAUUACGCGUCGUCCCGCCAGCAGCACGCGGCACCUCACAUGCCAGUUCCUUUCAACGACGCGUACAAGAUCACUCUGAGAAAUCAACAAGCGAGUAACAAUCAAAAGUACAGCAACAAUGCGAACGAGCGCGGUGCAUGCGACAAUCCGCCGCAGUCGCAGAACUCUUCGACUAUUGUCGGCCACGCAGUCAGCUCGUCCGUACCUAAAACGCCCAGUCCGGUCACUACUCCCGGCAAGCCGGACGAGACUGAAAAGAGCCUGGAUAAGUUUUGUCAAAAGUCACUGAACGACUUGAUGCUCACCAUCGCUAAAUUGGACAGUAAUGGUAUCAUGGUAAUACCGGAGGCUCAAAGAAAUCAAAUGGAUUCGGCACAAGUUGACAGCUCUACUGACGAGGAUAUGAAUUCUAUGACUGAAAACACAACAGCGGAUAAUCCGAAAAAUACCACGACUGCGAUGGUUAUGAAGGAUGAUCCAAACGAAGACUGGUGCGCAGUAUGUAUGGACGGAGGUGACGCAGUUCUCUGUUGCGACAAGUGUCCAAAAGUCUUUCAUCUUUACUGUCAUAUACCCAGCUUAGAAUCCUUUCCAGACGAAAGUGAAACCUGGCAAUGCAUGUUGUGUACAAAUGUCCUCGAUCAUAUAGAUAAGCUCGACGAACCGUCGACUGGCGAGAAAAGAACGAGCGGUAUGAGUAUUAAGGAGUUACGGAUUGCACAGAGAAUUGUCUUAGAGCUCUACUGUCAAUAUGAACAAAGUCUUCCUUUUCGAGAAGUAGUAUCGAGCGAGAUUACCGAUUACCAUCGGAUUAUUAAAAAUCCGAUCGCAUUAGAUAUAAUCAGGGAUAAAUUGAAACCCGAUCAUAUCAAUCAUUAUACAGAUUUGAGACAAGUCAUGGCGGACAUCAGGCUCAUGUUUAAAAAUGCUUUCACCUAUAACCCCGUUGAUUCGCAGGUGUAUCAGGAAGCUAGGAAUUUAGAAGAGUUCUUUGAGAAGUUGUUACUGAAAUGGGCGCCUAAUUACGCAUAUGACGAUCCCUUCCUCGCAACCGAUAAAGACGAAGAUGAGGAAGUUUUUCCACCUAAUAGAAAGUAUAAACGCAUAAUUACCGAUUAAUAAGAUAGGAUACUAUGCGAAUUAACUUGUUAUGAAUAUUUCGCCAAAAUUGUCCGGAACAUUGCUUUGGCGAUUCUUAUGUAUCUUGUGUUGAAUUGUUAAUUUCAUAAUUUGAUAAAACACGACAAGCAUUGAGAUUAUUGUUGACACAGUUAAUCACUAGAAUGAGUUAGAUGAGUAAAGAGUUAAGUGAGUGAGUAUGCAUUCUAUUUUAUGUAGAACUGAUUGAGCAAUCAAUUUUUCUUAUACGCGAUCUCUGUGUAUUGUUUUCAACUGGACAGAAACUAUGACAACAGGCAAUGACAAAUUCAUCUAAAUUAAAAACGACGUGUAGCUUCUCUUUUCCGACACAUCUCGUUUAUCGGGUGCGUAUUUUAAUGUAUUUUUAUACACGCGAGAAAAAAACGCGAUUAGGCUUCCAAUUAAAUCUUGAACAUGAACAUUGAGUGUGCUAUUACUUCAAAUUUUACCGUUAGUUCAUAUUUGGCGGUAUGCUUGUUAGAAUUAUAUUAGAAUAAUCAAAUAGUUGUAAUGUAACUAUCCGUUAAUUUUUUACGGAUUUCUUUCAUCUUUAUACCGUCGCAUGCAAAAUAUAUUGUUUAUAUAAAGUA